AUGGCCCAUGAUUAUUCGGAAGAGAUGGUUCUUAUCAACAGGAUCGACAAGUCCUGGGCACCAGUUGUGUCAUUCUGGCAACAAUAUCGAGCGUCCCAUGGAAAGACCUCGAGUUCUGGCCAACUGGACUCAACAAUCGAGUCAAUGCGGGACAAAGUCUGUGAGGCUUACGAUGGUUUUGCAGAUGCCCUUGGGAAGAAUUUCGUCAGAGGAGACCAUUUAUUCGAAUCAGACAUGGACGACAUCGAGAAAGGAGUGCUUAGCCAGUUAUCAGCUUCACUUAGGGCUCUUUCCAGCACUACAAAUCGCCAACCUGAAUCCUCACACGAUCACGAGGCUGAGUCAACAAAGCUGGCCUUGAGAGCGAUUGCUGGGACUAUACGCACACUAGAACGUCUGGCCUCCCGCUUGGGAUACAACGUCCAAUCGAGCAAAAGCAUGGGAGAUUUAUGUGACGAUUCGCCUGAUAUUGACUGGUGCAAGGGUGCCUUGCUGGUCCAACAGACAUCAGCGUCUCACCAAUUCAUUCUAGCUCAACCUGACAGUCAACUUGCCAAAGUCUGCAAAUUCUGUUACCUGGAAGUCAGCGACUACCGAUCCAAAGCAGUCCGUCACACAGAUCAAGACUGGUCUGCUCUUGCAAGCUGUCAUGUCUUGGCCUGCUCGUCAUUCAAAGACCGCCGAGCAGCCUAUCGCUGUUUCGGGUGCUAUAUCUCUGGGGUCAGCAAGAUCCACACCUCAGCGGCGGCUAUGCUCGAUCACCUCGCGGCCUGUGAGGAGUUCAAUGAGAAACGCACAAGAUCUCAGUCGCCACCAAGGACGACGACAGCAGGUCACAAAGUACUCCCUUCAAGUCAUGUCCAGUCCUAUUCCGAUAGUUCGGCUUCAUCUACACCAUCAACCCCUUCAUCCAGCAGUACUCAUUCUACCAUUCCGCCAUCCAUCAAGCUUCGGACUCAAGCUUCCCAACUCGCAAACCAAACUCCCAUUUCAACGCGCGGGCCUCCUCCCGUGCCUUCCAUGGAAGCAGGCCCUGCUUACCCACCGCGUCCCGAAACGCAGAAUUCUGUGCAAAGAGUUCCUGGCACCUUUCCGAUGGCAGAACCUAUCGAAAAUCCCAGGCAACCAUACCCAGAAGCACCUAAUUUUAACGCCCAUCAACAAUCAUCCAAUCUCUUUCGUCCACCAACCUUGACUCCUCGAAAGCCCAUCCCAAUUCCUUCCGCCCAACCUUCGUUGUCGCCACAAUCUCCAUCCCGCACGCCUCACACAACCUGGAGCCCUCACCCCGCCGAACCCGCAGCCCCACUAGUCUCCAGCCUCCCCCCACAGGUGAGACAAUUGAUGGAGCUGGGUGCGACGAAGCUUGAGGCAGAGAAUGGAUUAAAGGAGAUGAAUUGGGAUGUGCCACAGGCAGUGGACAUGAUUUGGCGGAAUCGGCAAGAUGGCUGA